AUGGAUCUGAAGACCAGGAGGAGCAGGAUCAAGCUCUCAGUCGGGCUCCUUCUCUUUUGGGCUCUCUUUCCUCCCGAGGUGCCUGGGAAAGAAGUGGAUCUACUGGACACAAGCACUGCACAAGGUGAACUGGGCUGGCUUCCAGACCCUCCCGAAGUAGGGUGGAGUGAAGUGCAGCAGAUGAUAAAUGGUACCCCAGUGUACAUGUACCAGGACUGCAGCGUGCUGUCUGAGGAUGACACUGACCACUGGCUUCGCACCAACUGGAUUUAUCGGGGAGAAGCAGCCUCCCGCAUUUACGUGGAGCUAAAGUUUACUGUGAGGGACUGCAAGAGCUUCAAAGGGGAAGUGGUGACCUGCAAAGAGACCUUCAACCUCUACUACAUGGAGUCUGAACAAGAUGUGGGCAUCCAGUUCCGCCGCCCGCUGUUCAUCAAGCUCAACACUGUGGCAGCAGAUCGCAGUUUCACAAGCAGAGACAUCGAGUCGGGCGCCAUGCAGCUGAACACGGAGGUGUGCCCCAUUGGGAAGCUGUCCCACCGGGGCUUCUACCUGGCCUUCCAGAACUCCGGGGCCUGCAUCGCCAUGGUGUCCGUCCGUGUCUACUACAAGACCUGCCCGGAGGCCGUGCGUGGCCUGGCCCGCUUUCCGGAGACGCUGGCGGGCUCGGAGGGGCUGACAGAAGUCCCUGGGGUCUGUGUGGAGGAUGCAGCUGAAGAAGCAGGCUCUGCACCCCGGAUGCACUGCAGCAUGGACGGGGAGUGGCUGGUCCCGAUGGGCCGCUGCCUGUGUGCCGUGGGCUUUGAGGAAGUCAACGGGAGCUGCGUAGCCUGCCAGCGGGGGUUCUACCGUCACUCCCUGGAGACCGACCACUGCCUGAAGUGUCCUCCCAACAGCCUGUCCAGCGAGUCAGGGGCUACAUCCUGUGCCUGCAAUGCAGGCUUCUAUCGGGCGCCUGCCGAGAGCCAGAACGUUGCUUGUACCCGCCCCCCCUCAGCUCCUCGCAAUGUCAGCUUCUCCCUCGUUGGCACACAGCUGAGUCUGUGGUGGCAGCCCCCCAGCGAUCAUGGUGGGCGCAAGGACCUGACCUACACAGUCGGCUGCCAGCGCUGCCACUUCCUGUCCUGUGAGCCCUGCGAGGCUGCCGUGGUGUUCUCCCCCAGUGCCUCUGGCCUCACAAAGCCUGCUGUGGAUGUGGAUGGCCUUGAAGCUUACACCAACUACACAUUCACUGUGGAAGCUCAGAAUGGUGUCUCAGGAAUGGGGCCUGCUCCACAGAGAACUUCUCCAGCUGUCUGGGUUGCAGUUGGACAUGCAGCUCCAGUGACAGUGUCCCAGUUUGUCCUGACACAACGAGAUGACAGCAGUCUUUCUGUUUCAUGGCUUGUUCCAUGGCAGCGCAGCCGGUCCUCCGUGGAGUAUGAAGUCAUGUUCUUUGAGAAGGGGGAGGAGGCUCGUUACACAGUGAAACACCUUCUUGAGCCAAACGUCACCCUGAGAGACCUCCAGCCAGACACAGCCUACCUGCUUCGUGUGAGAUCCAUCACACCCCUUGGGCCUGGGCCCUACUCCCCAGAGCAGGAAUUCCGUACCCUUCCACCAGACUCAGGAGCUCUGUCUGGGGGUGUCAUAGUCUCCAUUAUAUUUGGAGUCCUGCUGUUUCUUGGGCUGCUUCUGGGGAUCUUCAUCUUUCGGCGCAGGCAGGCUCAUCGGAGGCAGGCACGGCCGGAUUACAACACCUCAGGCUUUGAUCGAGAGAAGGUCUGGUUGAAGCCCUAUGUAGAUCUGCAACCAUAUGAUGACCCCAGCAGAGGGGUACUGGAGUUCACUAAAGAACUGGACAUCUCUUGUGUCACUAUGGAGAAUGUGAUUGGAGAGGGGGAGUUUGGGGAGGUCUACCGUGGGUCACUGUGGCUCCCAGGGAAAGAGCGCACUGUGGUUGCCAUCAAGACCCUGAAGUCGACGUACUCAGACUCGCAGUGGUGGAACUUCCUGCGUGAGGCAACCAUUAUGGGGCAGUUCAAUCACCCCAACAUCGUGCGCCUGGAAGGAGUUGUCACCAAAAGGAGGCCAAUGAUGAUCAUCACCGAGUACAUGGAGAAUGGAGCACUGGACACCUUCCUGCGGGAGAAUGAGGAAAAAUUUAGCCCUGUGCAGCUUGUGAGCAUGCUGCAGGGAAUAGCCUCUGGCAUGAGCUACCUUUCAGAACACAACUACGUGCACCGUGACCUGGCUGCUCGCAACAUCCUGGUGACACGCAGCCUGCAGUGCAAGGUCUCUGACUUUGGUCUCUCCCGAGUGCUGGAGAACAAUGCAGAGGGCACCUAUGAAACCAAGGGGGGCAAGAUUCCCAUCCGAUGGACAGCCCCAGAGGCCAUCGCUCACCGAAUUUUCACAUCAGCCAGUGAUGUCUGGAGCUUUGGAAUUGUCAUGUGGGAAGUGCUGUCAUUCGGUGACAAGCCUUAUGGGGAGAUGACCAACCAAGAGGUGAUGAAAAGCCUGGAGGAAGGGUACCGGCUGCCCCCACCCGUGGACUGCCCUUCUAUCCUCUACGAGCUCAUGAAGAGCUGCUGGGCACACGACCGUGCCAGGAGGCCUCAUUUCCAGGAGAUCCGAGCGCAGCUCCAGCACUUCCUCUCCAGCCCGCAGCUCCUGCGGCCACUGGCAGACUUUGAUCCCAGGGUGACGCUGCGGCUGCCCAGCUGCAGCGGCUCGGACGGGAUCCCCUAUCGCUCCAUCCCCGAGUGGCUGGAGUCCAUCCGCAUGAAGCGCUACAUCGCCAACUUCCGCACCGCCGGCCUGGACACCAUGGAGUCCAUCCUGGAGCUCACUGCUGAGGACUUGAAACAGAUGGGAGUGUCACUUCCAGGCCACCAGAAGAGAAUCCUGUGCAGCAUCCAAGGCUUCAAGGAGUGA